CACCCAGUCUCUCGACAAGAAAGUCCCCCCAACCCACACCCACGAGCGUGCAGCUCUACUAGUAGUCUUUCCGCAGCUGAUCUUACCUUUUCUCCGCAGCUCCUCUACGCUGCUCCUCUCCUACCCAACUCGUGUUGCCCCUCAUCCCGCAAUACCAGUGGUGAUCUCUAGAAACGCCAAAUUGCACUUCCACUACCUUCCGAAAUGCCUAUCGCAUCGCCCUUUCCCACCAUUGAUAUCCCCCAAAAGGAUAUAUAUUCGUUCUUGUUCGAAAGAGAGGAUAGACCUUUCCCAGAAGACCAAGUCGUUUACAUCGAUGGGAAUACCAAGCGCCAAUUAACCUAUGCAGACGUUCGAGACCAAACACAGACUUUCGGAAUCGGUCUCAAGUCUCAGUGGAGUUGGCGAAAAGGUGACGUUUUGGCAGUCUUCAGCACGAACCAAAUCGACACACCACCGAUAAUAUGGGGAACUCUGUGGGCCGGCGGCGUUAUUACGACGGCGAAUCCGAGCUAUGGGGUGGAGGAACUUUCUUUUCAACUGAAGGACUCGCGUGCGAAGGCUCUGGUGACGUUGGUUGAUUUGCUCCCGAUUGCCGUACAGGCAGCCGCAAAUGCGGGAAUUUCAAAGGACCGGAUCAUCGUUUUGGGAGACAAGAAGACAAAAGAGUACAGACACUGGAAAGACAUUGGCCCAAGCACAAGUGUCAAGUGGAAGAAGACGGAAGUUCCGAAUCCGGAGAAAGAAUUGGCGUAUUUGGUAUAUAGUAGUGGAACAACCGGCCUGCCCAAAGGGGUGAUGUUGAGCCAUAAGAACAUGGUCGCAAAUCUCCUCCAAUUUACGCCCAAUGACCCACUGGAUUGGACGGAGGAUAGACUGGUUGCGUUUCUGCCAUUCUUCCAUAUAUACGGAUUGACUUGCAUGGUGCAUCACGCAAUUCUACGGGGAUUACCAACAGUGGUAAUGGAUCGCUUUGACCUGAAUAAAUUCUGUCAACAUAUCCAGGACUAUAAGGUCACCUUUACAUACCUUGUGCCACCCGUGAUACUUCUUUUGGCAAAGCACCCUGACGUAGCCAAAUACGAUUUCAGCAGUCUCAAGAUGGUGAACUCUGGCGCUGCGCCACUCACUAGGGAGUUGGUGGAGUCUGUGUGGGCUAGACUGAGGGUUCCUAUUAAACAAGGCUAUGGGCUUUCCGAGACUUCUCCAGUGACGCACUCUAUGCGAUGGAGUCAAUGGAAAUCACAUAUUGGGAGUGUUGGGCAAUUACUUGCUACACUAACUAUUCCUUAUGUCAACGAAGAAGGGGUGGAAGUUCCUGCCGGUGAAACCGGAGAACUUUGGAUGGCUGGACCUAACAUCAUGAUGGGCUACCUUAACAACCCAACGGCAACUGCCAACGCGAUUACCCCAGAUGGGUUCUUUAAGACUGGUGAUAUCGGAUACCAAGAUGGCGAUGGAAACUUUUACAUCACCGAUCGUGUCAAGGAAUUGAUCAAAUAUAAGGGUUUCCAAGUCCCACCUGCUGAGCUUGAGGGUUUGUUGUUAGGGCACAAAAAGGUUGAUGACUGUGCCGUCACUGGCAUUUACAGUCCUGAGGUGGCAAGUGAAGUACCUAGGGCAUACAUCGUCCUUGCUGCCGGGGUAGAGCGGACUAGAGACACGGAGCUGGAACUGAUCAAAUAUGUCGAAGAUAAGGUUGCUCACCACAAGAGAUUGAGAGGGGGAGUCAGAUUUUUGGAUGCAAUCCCGAAGUCUAUCUCUGGAAAAAUCUUGAGAAGGGUUCUGAGGGAUAUGGCCAAGGAAGAGGACCAGGGAGAGGCGGCUCCUCGGGCCAAGCUCUAAAGGGGCCCUAUUUCAGGAUCGAGGAUGCUUUCACAGGUUAUGUGUAUAACCCCUCGAGGUUUUCCUGGUUUAUUCUCUAUUCAUGUUAAUACAGCGCCUUUGUGUGGGCUGUGAUACGCCUCAAGACGGUUCACUGUAUCCAUGCAGUAGCCUGCUCGUCGAGUAGAUUAAUUAUAGAAUGAUUUUGGCAAUACAUGAUCUUCGCGAAG